AGUUGAUACCUACAAUGCAAGCCGGAAACAGUGAACAGUCAAAAUUCGCCAGCUGAUCGCAAGUUGCUCAAGAAGGAAAGCCACAUUCAUUCAUUUCUGGGUAUUAAUAACGUUAAAGACACCCGCAACAAUGGCUACAGAGGGUGUUAAAGGGAAAAAAGUAAUAAAACUCGGAGAUAUGAUGGCCAACUUGCCAAAAUUAGACGAAUUCCAGAUAAAAAUAUUGGUGGCGGUCUUGGUCGGCCUCCUCACACUGUACAUUCUCUUCCGGCUCUUCCGGUCUGGCAGCAAGCGUCAUGGUGUGCUGCUGAUGGGGCUCUGUGAAUCCGGCAAGACCCAGCUCUUCUCACGGAUUUGCUAUGGGGCUGAUGUUACCACAGUCACUUCUAUGAAGCCCUCUAAUGCAGAAUUCAAAGUUGGCAAGAAAUCUCUGACUAUAUACGACGUACCAGGUCACGAACGCAUACGCUAUGCUGCCUUUGAGAAAAUCAAGAAUGUUACUGGAGGUAUAGUCUUUCUAGUGGAUUCAGCAACUAUCCAGAAAGAUGUCAGGGAUGCAGCUGAAUUCCUUUAUAGUGUACUGUGUGAUGAAACCAUUCAAAAUGGUCAGCCAAGGAUUCUAGUGGUUUGUAACAAGCAGGACCUUCCCCUGGCUCGUUCUGCCCAGCUAAUCUGCAAGAUGAUGGAGAAGGAAAUGAACCUCCUGCGAGAGACGCGCUCCAGCCAGCUGCAGUCGACCAGUGGCACAGGGAACAAUAACAGCUUCCUUGGGCAUCCUGGUCAAGACUUUGAGUUUGGACAUCUAGGAGGCAUCAAGGUGGACUUUGUGGAGGCUGUAACAAAAGAAGGGGAGAAGAUUGAUCCUGUCACAUCUUGGUUAGAGAGAUUGGCUUAAGAGAUAGCAUGCUGCACAGGAUGUGGAUGGUUUAAUACCCUCAUACAAAGUUGUGCCAUGUGUUGGAGAGGCUGAUAAGAUCUUCAGGCUGACUGUGAUCCUGACAGAUGUCUUUUUGAGAUUCAAGAAAUAUAAGACAGUCAGAACAUCACAUGACAAAAUGUUAGAGAAAUGUGUGUUUUUAUUUAUCAACUGUGCUCUGGUAAAAAGAGAAAGUAUUUUUUUUUGUUUUUGCUGGCAUAUGUACCUUGAAAGACUUUUGUGAAUAAGUAGUUAAGGUCAACAGUGUGUCAUAUAUUUGUUAUUUCUCCCUGUUUAACAUUAAAAAGAAAAUUAAUAAUUUGUGUUUGAGUUUAUUACUAUUACUUUCUUUAUUUUUAGUGUGACUUGAGAACAGAUAGUAGUAAAAAAACAGCAUAUUGUUGUUAACUUUUUUUUUUUUUUAGUUUAUGUAAUCAAUACAUACGUACCGUAAUCAGUUUUAGGAAAUUGUUUUCUUUGAUGAGAGUUUGGUACUUGGUACAACAAUUGAUUUUUGUAUUACUGAAGACAAGAAUAAAAUAACCAAUUAAUACUUGGUUUACAGACCUUGGAAGAAAUGUUCUAUGAUUUAAAUGAUUUUAUUGAGUACUUAUCUACAUUUUCAUGUUAUUAUUUAUACAUAUUAUGAAUGAGGAAAGGCUGCUUUCCUCUAAGAAUGUCAUCUUACUCAUUUUCCUGCUUCUACUCUUGCUCCCCUUCUUCUUUCCUCCUAGAAAUUCAUAAGCAGCCCAACUAUUCCUGCUUUUUUCUUCCUCUUUUGUCUUCCUCGUCCUCCUGCUGUCAUGUUUUUCUCUUCCUUUUUUCAUGUUUUUUUUCUGAAUUGCUUUGUUUGUGCAUUUUGUAAGGUAUAUAUGGUAAAAUGUGACAUUGGAUUCAUUCAUAUUUUUAAAGAAUUGAAAUGGAAUCUCGCUUAAUUCUUCAAGGGAAUUUGAAUUACAACCGGUGUUUAUUUUUCAUAUUAAAUAUAAAACAAA